GGAUCCCGCCCACGGAAGUUCUCGCGAGAGUAGGCACAUCCAGGAAUGGUCCUGCUUUUCUACCGUCCACUCCCUCACCUCUCCUAGCCCUUCGGCUACUCUGUGUGUAGCGGAUUCUUCCCGCGCACGCGUACGCGGUGCUGCUUCGGGAGCGAUUUUUAGCGCAUGCGCACGCGGGUCGGUGUGGAGAAGACCUUCAGCUUUGCCCUGGUGAAGAGAGAGUGGCUCUUCAGUCAGAGGUGAGGAGGCCGCGGAAUCACGCGCAGCGCAGGCCUGCCCGAGGCUAGCGGAACGGGGCUGAGGAUUGGGGUGGAAUACCACGAGGGAUAAGGAGAAGGGACUACUUUGUAACUAGAAGAAAUGUGUACCACACCAACUUACUGUGACCUAGGAAAGGCUGCCAAGGAUGUCUUCAACAAAGGAUAUGGGUUUGGCAUGGUUAAAAUAGAUCUUAGAACCAAAUCUUCCAGUGGAGUGGAAUUUUCCACAUCUGGUCAUUCAUAUACUGAUACAGGGAAAGCUUCAGGUAACUUGGAAACAAAGUACAAGAUCUGUGAUUAUGGGCUUACCUUCAUUCAAAAAUGGAACACAGACAAUACCCUGGGGACAGAAAUCAGCAUGGAGAAUAAAUUGGCUGACGGUUUGAAGCUGACUCUUGACACCAUAUUUGUACCAAACACAGGCAAGAAGAGUGGUAAAUUAAAGGCCUCCUAUAGACGAGAAUGUUUCAGUCUUGGUGGAAAUGUUGACAUUGAUUUCUCUGGACCGACCAUCUAUGGCUGGGCUGUAUUGGCUUAUGAAGGAUGGCUUGCUGGCUAUCAGAUGAGUUUUGAUACAGCCAAAUCCAAACUAUCUCAGAAUAAUUUUGCCCUGGGUUAUAAAGGUGCUGACUUCCAGCUGCAUACACAUGUGAAUGAUGGCACUGAAUUUGGAGGGUCAAUCUACCAAAAAGUUAGUGAGAAGAUUGAAACUUCGAUAAAUCUUGCUUGGACAGCUGGCAGUAACAACACCCGUUUUGGCAUUGCUGCUAAGUAUAAGCUGGAUCACAAAACUUCUCUAUCUGGUAAAGUGAAUAAUGCCAGCCUUAUCGGACUUGGUUAUACUCAGACACUCCGAGCCGGUGUAAAAUUAACGCUGUCAGCUUUAAUUGAUGGAAAAAACUUCAAUGCAGGAGGUCAUAAAGUUGGGUUAGGAUUUGAAUUGGAAGCUUAAUAUAGUUUUUAAGUAAAGUAUCAGAUCUGUCCCUGGAAAUGAAGAGAAAUGAACCCACUCUGUUUUGGCCUUAAUAUUCUUCUGUGAAAUUUCAACAAUGUGAACUUUUUAUUCUUCCAAAGAAUUGUUGUAGCACCACCACACUGAAGUCUAGAGGUUUUUGAGUCUAUUAUAAGAGAGAGAUACUUGAAGGAAUGCAUGGAAGUUGUAAUGUUUGUGCCACAUUUCAGUUCAUUCGCUCAGUGUUAUUUAAAUUUGUUCUUCAACGACAGUGUAGUGUCAUGUUAUAAAGGAAAUGACCUGAUCCUCCAGUUUGUACAUCACGUUCUGCAUGUCCUACACCACUUUUUCAUGACCUUUUAUCAAAUUGGUCUCUGUGCUAUAGUGAAAGCUUUGGUUUUGCAUCAAAGUAAAAUAAAUUCAUCACAUUUGGAACAUAA